AUGAAUCUUUCUGAAGAUUUAACAUAUAACGAUGAAUUUUUGAAUCCUACCAAGCAUCUGUCAACCAGUACACCCCUGAAAGGCCAAACUUUAAACUGGGCGGAGAGUGAUUCGGAUGCGAGUUGGCAGUCAACACCAUCGAAGGUGGCUCGAACCGUGAAUUUCCAAGACAUCGACAGUAGUAGCAAUCUGAGUAGCAACAGCGGUUUUUCUGAUCGUGCGCCGGUGUCCGUAUUUUUAUAUGAAAGUACGAGUACCGAAAACGAUGAAUCUGUGCUGGAAGGAAUGCCCGAUUACUCUGGCCACGAAUGUAUUGCCGACACCUCGAAUGAAGAAGAUGGAAUAUUAAAUCAUGAUGAGUCUGAUGAUUAUGGUACAAAUGAUGUCGAUACCUUAGUAAACUUAAGCAGAACCUCUGAUGAACAAGGGAUAACUGUAGUCCAUGAAAAUUCGACAGAAAAAGUGUUAAAAAGGCCCCGAGAUAUCACAAUUAGAAGUGAUGAAGAGCUGUUAUGGGUACUGAAUAUACAUUGUUGCCAAGAGAGAUGUCUAAGACAAGUUUCAAUUGGGGACAUCAACAAAAUAGAGGUUUAUUUGAAAGAGAAGUCACAAACUGCAAAAAGGAACUUUUUGCUUGACUAUCUGCACCAACACAGUAAACUGAAUGAUUCAGGGGAAUAUGAGGUUCAGUUCAUUAUCAAGGGGAAGCCAGUUUGUCGUGAAUCAUGGUUACUUGUUAAUAAUUUGCCUAAAAGCUCAUUUAGAAGACUGAUGAAUCAACUUAAGGAUGGCUGUGUUCAAGUGGAGCAUGGGAACAAAGGAAAAAGGGCAGUAAGUGACAGAACAGGGCAAUGUAUUGCAUGGCUGGAAUACUUCUUCAAGACUAUUGGUGACUUUCAGCCUACAAGCCAAGCAAUUCAUCUACCAUCGUGUUUCAGUAAAAUCGAUAUAUACAAGAAAAUGCUGGAGGAAAACACUACAUUCCAACAACCAACAGUGUGUCUGUCACAGUUUUACAAGAUCUGGGAGAAACACUUCAGCCAUGUAACAAUACCAAAGGAAAAUCGAUUCACCAAGUGUACUGAGUGCACUAGGUUCAAGAAUCUCAAGGAAAAAAAUCCAUCUAUCCGUUCUCAAGUUGACAAGGAGCUUAAUGAACACCUUGAUUUAGUGUGGCAAGAACGUCGAGUGUAUUACCUGCACAGAUAUAAAGCAAGGAAAUUUCCGCACAAGUAUUUAGCAGUCAUCGAUGAUGGGAUGGACCAACAGACAACGAACCUGCCCAAUGUCAGGAGGAUGAGUAAAGCUUUGAGUGGGCUCUCCACUAUUGGAACGCAUUUAGUUGGAGCUAUCAUUCACAGUGGCCAAGCAGUCCAUGGAAAAGAGAUUUAUGGCUCUUUUGACUACUACCAGUGGCCACAUGAUUCCAACUUGAACAUGACUGUCCUUCUAAAUGUGCUUUCAAAGUGGAGUGAGAAGUAUAAGCUCCCUCCCAUCCUUUACCUCCAAAUGGAUAAUUGCUGGAGGGAAAAUAAAAAUCAAUUUAUGCUGGCACUACUUGGUUUAAUGGUGCAAAACAAAGUAUUUGAAAAGAUCCGCCUCAAUUUCCUUCCUGUUGGCCACACACAUGAGGACAUUGACGCCUUCUUUGGAGUCUUUUCAAAGCAUUUAGCAAAAUGUGAUACCUAUACAAUUGAAGGUAAUAUGAUUUUUUAUAUAUUUUAG